AUGGAGACCAAUCGAUUCCUCGCCGCAUGGGGGGGCUCCGGACUGGGCGUACUCGUUCCUCGGAGCGAAGGUACCGCCGGCAGAAUCCCCGGCUGUUUAUCCUUUCGCCUCCCCGCCGGUCCGCAGCAGCUGCGCCCCCAGAAACUGCGGCCUCAGAUUCCGUGUACUCGAUUGUUGUUGAUCGGCGGGGCGUGGAGAAGGGACAGCGUCGGGUCCUCUCGUCCCUCCUAUCCCUGGUUCCUCCAAUGCGAGAUCUCCGUCCACUGCCGGGCACAGAAUGGCCAUGCGCACGGCCACGGGCCAAGUCACACCCAUGCUGACCAUGGCGACGACGGCGGCCAUGCGUGUGAACAUAGGCACGGUGACCACGCUGCCGGCAAUGGGCAUGAAAACAGUCAUGGUGACCACGCCGGCCAAGCGCAUGAGCACAACCAUGGUAACCACUCCGUCCAUGCUCAUGGACACAGCCAAUAUCACAAUCAUGAUGGCCACGGCGGUCACCACCACCACCACCACCACCAUCACCACCAUGGAACGGGUGGGGAGCUGACUGCGGCCCAACAGGCUCUCCUGCGGUUCACCAGGGCAGUGGGGUGGGCCCAGUUGGCAGACUUCCUCCGGGAGAAUCUGUACCUCUGCUUCUGCUCCAUGGCACUGCUCCUCGCGGCGGCUGCUUCACCCUACAUCCUCCCUACGCCUGCUGUGAAGCCUUUCCAGGAUGUCACCGCGCUCCUUGCCUUCCCUUUGGUCGGGGUACGUGGACUAUGUGUUUUCCUCCGGCUUUCAUUUUUUUCAGUAUGCAAUUGUUUGAUGGACCGUUGGAUGCUCAUCAGUUAAGUCUCUGUUCUGGCUACUGUGCUUCAGAUCUCCUCGGCUCAUGAUUCCGUUCUUGAUAUCGCUGCUGGAAGAGUGAACAUCCACGUGCUUAUGGCUCUGGCAGCCUUCGCAUCGUUGUUCAUGGGAAAUGCAUUGGAGGGUGGCUUGCUCCUUGCGAUGUUUAAUUUGGCCCAUAUUGGUAAGGAUCUCUAAAUUUCGAAUCCAGAGCAUACGUGCAGAUGCGCAAACAUAGGGCUUCUGUGGGUGAUGAAUUUCUUUCAUGGGCUGCUUGCAGCGGAAGAGUAUUUUACCAGUCGGUCCAUGAUUGAUGUGAAGGAGCUCAAAGAGAAUCAUCCUGAAUUUGCCCUGGUUUUAGAAACGAAUGGAGAGGAGCAGCCUCAUUUUUCAGACAUGAAGCACAAAAAGGUUCCCGUGUAUAAUAUUGAAGUGGGUUCUUAUCUUCUUGUCAGAGCUGGUGAGGUCAGUUCUUAGGGUUUUCUUGCUGGUUCACAGAUUUUAAUGAUUUCUGCCUUUUAAUAUGUUCUACUAUGACCCAUGUCACUUUGUAAACAAGAUUUACCAUGUGACAAUCCCAUUUGAUUGAUUUAUGAUAGUUUGUACCUGUCAUUUUUCUUUGAAACUCACAAGUACAAUCGGCAGAACGGACAUCGUGGCUAAAAUCUGCAUUUUUAGUUCACUUCGAAAAUCAUAGUAUUUGAGAAGCUGAACUCCACGCAUUAGCUGGAUUGACUUUGGAUCUGGCAGCCAUUUUUCGGUAGAGGAUUCAUAAAGUUUAGGUGAUUAUCUCUGCCCAUUGUCAUGCUAAGCAGGUUUUAAAAAAUAUGUGAACAAUAUGGUGAAGGAAAGUAAUUGUAUAACUAAUCAGCAGUGUCCGAACAUUUGAGCCUAGGUAUUUUCACUUAUGUCUUCAUUUAAAGGUGGAAUUAUAUUCGUUUGUGUGCUGAAAUCAAAUGGAUUAUUACUUGAGCGUUGACAACUGAUGGAUUCUCAUCUUGAUACUUCAUAGAGAGAAAUUGGAUUUUAAUCUGAUUACGACAAAUCCUCAUUUCUGUUGAUGCCAUGGGCUCAGGUUGUAAACUCUGUUUCAGCAUCAAAAUACGAAUUUAAGUGUUUUCAAAGAAUGUGCUAACUAGAGUUAGUUAUAAUUAACAAAACUGUCAUUUUGUUUCCAUUUCACUUAGACUUCUGCUUUAGUUUCACUUAAUUGAAUACAAUUUUGAGGCAUAAUGUGCUUUUCUAGGCUGUGCCAGUGGACGUUGAAGUCUAUCAAGGUGCUUCAACAGUCACCAUUGAGCAUCUUACAGGAGAGACAAAACCCUUGGAAAGGAAAGUUGGGGACAGAAUCCCAGGUGGUGCAAGGAACUUGGAAGGAAUGAUGGUUGUCAAGGUGCAAUUUAGUACCACGUUAUAUUACACAAUUAUUUGUGCGUUCUGCCUAUUUUUUGUCACUCUGUUGUUUAUGCAUUUGCUUUUUUUUUAAUCAAUGUGGCACACUUAUGAACUUUUGAUGUAGUUGAUGCUUUCUUUCUACGAUGAUGAUUAAAAUCUAUCAAUGAGUGCAUGCCUUAUUCAUGGAAAAUCUUCUUAACUCUCCCGCAAGCAAGUAGUUAUGAUGACUUUUAUUAGGCUGUUCGUUGUUCAUUUCAUAAUAAUUGAUCCCCAACUAAUUUGCCUUGCUUUAGGCAACCAAGGCAUGGAAGGAUUCAACAUUGAACAAGAUUAUGCAGUUGACUGAAGAAGGACAGCUGAAUAAGCCUAGACUGCAAAGAUGGCUGGAUGAAUUUGGUGAACGUUACAGCAAAGUUGUUAUGGCUCUAUCACUCGCAGUUGCAGUCCUUGGUCCGUUUCUUUUCAAGUGGCCAUUUAUUGGAUCAUCAGGUAUACCGUGAAAACUAUUCUUGUGAAACAGACGAAUACGAAAACACGUUUAUGAAAUUGUACGAAAUAUGUUGUGAUUAUUGUCAGUCUUUCAUCUUUCUUUAGUCAUCAGCAACCCUGUUUGAAGAGGUUAUCCAGACUAUUUGCUAAUGGUCUGUUAAAGAGGAGGAUUCUAAAAGAUGGAGACUUGUGCUAUUUUGAUAUAUUUUUAAACAUUUUAAGGCCUAUGUGAUAUGGGCUAAAUUCUAUCCUACAUGAGACUGCUUGGGAGCAUCUUAUGUUGAACCGAGUUUAAUCAUUGUCUGAGCAUGAGUGAUAAAGAGAGAAGAUAAUAUAUCAUGUGAGAGUUCCUACAUCAUCACAUUACUACACUGCUGGGAUUACGGUAUUAGGUACCUUACCCAUAAACUUACCAAGUUUCUUGUCUGAAAUUUAGAGCAGUUGGGCAAACGGUGCCUUUCCGAUGAUAAUGAAAAGGGUUAUUGUUUUCUCAUCGAAAGGGAUUCAAGAAAUACCACUACAAAGAUUCUGAAAAGGGGCUUCUAUGAGAAUUCUUGUGGGAUAGAAUAUAAGCAAUCUAUGAAGGUUCUUAAAACAAAAAGUGUUUUAUGCAUGGAUUUCACAAAUGUUUUCAAAGUUUUCUAUUUUUUGUUUGGUAACACAAUAACAUCAACAUCUCAUGCUGCAGUCAAUAGAGGUUCCAUUUACCGAGCAUUGGGGCUUAUGGUGGCAGCAUCACCAUGUGCACUAGCUGUUGCUCCCUUAGCAUAUGCAACUGCAAUCAGUGCCUGCGCUAGUAAGGUAUUAUUACGACAAUACAAAACAAUAAAUCAAGGAUUUGCUACCAACAUUGAGUUUUUUCAUCUUUCUCCUGGGUAAUAAUUCUCUUUAAGAUGCUUUUUGAACAUGUGUCCCUCUCAAGUUUGUCCUAAUAUUAAUGCAUUGAUGCAUCUUGAUAAUCUUAUUAGCUUUUUUCCUUGUAUUUUUUAUAAGUUCCUUUUCAAUUUUAAUUCCCGUUUGAGAACCAUGCCUGUAUGUAAGAAAGUUUCUACAAAAUUGAAUGUAAUAUUGAGCACAAUAAAGUGUCACAUUGAGAUACCCACCAAAACAAGCCAUGGUUUGUGCUCAAGAGAUUCAGAUCUUCUCCUUCCGAAAUAUGUCGGGUCAAUCAUGUUAACACGAAAAUUUUCAUCAUCUAAAUGAUCAUCGUGAUAUUGUUGAUGUUUAAAGCUUUAUGCUAAUCUUUACUUCUUUAUAAGUAAUCACCAGGAUCCUUGCCUUUGUAAACAAUGACUAGCAAACUUCAUACAGUAGUUUCUGCUGCAAGAUACAUGAAGUGGGAACUCUAGAUGGCAUGAGUUUUGUGAAUUUGGUUCUAUCUUUUCAAGUCAGAUAAUUUGUGGUGUUGGUUAAACCCAGAAGCGUGAACUGUCUAUGCAACUAUAUUGCUGUUUAUGUUGUCUAUGGGCCUGGAUGUGAUUGUCCUAGUCUUUGCCUUUAUUUUAGGCUUUCAGUGUCAUGGGAUUUUUGCAUAAUACAAAGUAAAUUGUCCACUAAAUCAGGAAAAUUUUGAGCUCAGGUGUUUGUGUCAUGCAACUGUUACCUUGUAGGUUAUAGAAAAAAUAUUCCCAUUGGCACACAUCCUACUUUUCCCAGAACCAUACGUAAUGUGCAGAUUGAAGUUCACGAGUGAUAUUUUUUUCUCUUCGAGAGAUAAUUGUAUGAAUUGUUUUCUCUAUUUUUAAAGAACAAGGUGCGCUCUCGUAUUCAGAAGAAAGAUAAAACCGAAUGCCCAUGUUUUCAUAGUGUAUUUUCCAUAGAAUCUGAGUUUUGUGUAUCUGUCUGUGCAUUGAUUAAAGAUUUUACUCUUUUAUUUGCAGGGCAUAUUGUUGAAGGGUGGACAUGUUUUAGAUUCUCUAGCAUCAUGCCACACUGUUGCGUUUGACAAAACAGGGACUCUGACUACGGGGAAACUUAGGUGCAAAGCAAUUGAACCAAUUCAUGGUCAUUCAGCAGAAUGGCAAGACUUUAAAGAUUCUUCAUGCUGUACUCCCGACUGUGAAAAGGAAGCUCUUGCUGUGGCUGCAGCAAUGGAAAAGGGAACUACUCACCCUAUUGGAAGGUGAAAAUUUAAUACAGCGUUCUUUUUUAUGAAUUCUAGUUUCGACAAGAAGUCGAGUAUUAUCACUUGAAACAAUUCCAUUGACGUUAGAUUUUAAUUUUUAGAUGUUACUUUAUGAUUUUUGUCAUUAUAUUAGCAGUUGAAAACCCUCCACCUUCCCUUAUGAGAAAUGGAGAUAAAGUCCUUACCCAUUGCAUUUAUUUAGCCUCCCUAAAUUCAUAUUUUCAAAAUUGAUUUUCCGAUUGAGCUACAUUUGAAGUUUCUGUAUUAGUAAUAUGUGUCUGUAGUAUGUACACUUUGUCACAUCGUCAUCAGCUGUCUUCACUUUAUUUUGCAAAAUUAUGGGUUUUCUGUUUUUGCAUUCGUUUUUCGUUGAUUCCAUCAACAUUGCAUAUUUUAGUAUCUUGUUUCUGAUAGUAAGUAGCAAGCAAAAUGGAAUUUUGAUAUAGCCUGCCUACAGUUUUUCAUCUACCAGCUCUUCAUACACAGGAUGCUAUUUUCUUGACAAAACCUUUAACUAUCAGUGCUUGUACAUACUAGUUGGGUUUUUGAUACAAUGUGCUGACUUAUUCGAGUUCACCAAUUUACUCAUUCUUCUAAACAUUGCAGAGCAGUUGUAGCCCACAGCCUUGGAAAAGAUCUUCCAAGAGUCUCAGUCGAAAGUUUUGAAUGUCUUCCGGGCCGAGGUCUUUUUGCUACCUUGACAUGUACGAAGGUAAUAUGCCCCCCGGCAUGUGUACUAAUAUUACUCGGUUGCAUCGUUUUUGAAAUUCGGUCUACAGUUGACUGUGUCUUUUACCAAACGUACCUUAAUUGAAUUUACUAGAGGAUGGUAUUGGGUUUUUUUAAUGUACAGUACUUCCACAGUUGCACUCAGUGCAAUCAAACGAUUCACUGAAAUUUUAUCGUUAUCCUUCAAAAGUUGUUAAUGUUUUAUUGUCCUAAUUUCAUUCAUAGGAGUAAUGUCUGCAAGAAUCGUAAACUGAUAGCCUAGCUGCAUGGUUCUAAUCAUUUAAGGACAAAUUACAUAAAUUGACACAACAUAAUGAUAAGAGUUACCUAAGACAAAAGGAUGAUUCCUUCUGGUCAAGGGCAGAAUAUCGUAUCAUUAGGCCGCGGAUAGGUUACAUUGUGUAUUGGCAGAUGUUUGGUAAUCUUGUCACGUUGACUUGAAGACCACUUUAUGCGAUUUUAGAUGGUCUGAUUCGACCCAUGGUCAAGGGAAGGAAGUAGAUAGGCCAUAUUUUGUAAUAAGAGAUAAUUUUCUAACUUGUGGCACUUUUUAUGGAAGACAUCCUCAUAUGAUUUAAGUUUGCCUUAUGUCACCUUACUCGUGCUUUAAUAUUCAGUUCUACUGUUGUCCAUAUCUUUUAGGCAUUUAAAACCAGACAUAUAAUGCUAUUUCACAUAUGGUUUGAUAUCCAAUUGAGGAAAAAAAGGUGAAGAAAAAAAUGUAAUGCCCUGGUUACUUCUGUAUUUUCCCCUGUUAUUAUCUUCAGUAUCAGAACAUCGAAAGUGUGUAAAAAAAUAUCUCUAUCCUCAUAUGCAGACCUUUCUUGUAGUCAUCUUGGAUCAGCUUUAGGCGCUGAGGGUGGCUGUGAGUUUGACAAUUUCUUUUUGUUCUUCCGAAAAACUCAGUUGACACCAGAUGAUUGAAAUUGGAGAACUAUCCCCCAACUAUGCUAUACUGGUUAACUAUUACUUAGAUGCAAAAUUAAGUUGAAAAGAAAGAUUUUAUGAUACCAUUAUGAAGAACCUCUUGGGGAAAUGAACAAAGAAGCGAAUUGGUUAGGAGCAUGAUUUCUGAAUACCAAUCAAUUUUAAUCCAGGGAACUCCUGGCCUGAUUUUGAUGGGGCAAUUCGACAAGUCGAAAAUUUUUCUGUCAAAGUACGCCUACUUUUCUUCUAUAAAGAGUGAAUUUAAGUUGUGCUCCAUCCGGAUUGCGGAAAAUAGGUAGGCAACAGUCCAUUUUCCUUUAAAAAUGAGUUCUCAUCGAUUGCCCUUCAUUGUUCACCCUAUUUCAAAAAUCAAUCACCAUUGAUACAUUUGCGCCUAACAUUUUAUAUCCCUUGAAUUCGGCCUCCGAAUAAUUAACCACGGCCUUCACGGAACUGCCUCUUUCCGUUGGUUGCCAACAUGUUCUUCUUUCCCUCAUGCGAGAUUAGUAUGGUUCAUUAAACGGCCAUUGUUCCAAUGCAAUUUUAGAGGCUCUACUGAUGGGUGGCAAAACCUAAGCUCUUUGUUAUUCUUUUUUUAUACAAAGUAUUGACUAUCUUCAAUGUUGACACGUACCUGUUAUAACUCAGUUACUUUCUUACUUCGUUUACUUUUGCAUCAUAUAAGCUAAUAAACAUUUUUGGUAUAUGAAAAUUAGGAUUUAUAACAUUUAAACAUCGUUUCUAACCCAACCAGAACAGAAAACAACUCUAUAUAAAUUUGAACUGACCUCAUCGGUUUCUUGUAGAUGAACCUGCGUUCAGUUAUUCCAUAAGAACGAUAUAAGUUUAUUAAAGCAAGAAGAUGAAUGGAUCUGUCAUACGUUUUUCUUCACACCAUCAAAUCCGUUAAAUCUACCAUGAAUUUUGGAUUCUUUUUUCAAAUAUUUUUAUGAAGGCAUUAUUUUUUUGAAGAUACGCUGUCAUCAUUCUUCUCUAGUAUUUGUGAGAUAAAAAAAUAAUCCAUUAAUUAAUUAAUAGUGACUACAUUAUUCCCACACAUUCAUUUAGGAUUAGGUUGGAGUCUAUGUUUCUGUUCUUUUUCUUUCCUUUUGAUAAGCCACACUGGAUUGGGGCUUGUGAAACAUUUUUCUCCUAUGAGCUUACUUCAUCAAGAUUGGUCAACGACCAUGUUCUCAUGAUUCACUUUUUCUUAAUCUAUUAUAUUUGUGAAAGAGGCUCGAACCUCAAUCUCUUAUGUAGUCAUAUUGUUAUUUUGUCUCAGUCUGGAACUGAAGAGAGUGAAUAUUUGAAAGCAUCAAUCGGCUCUGUUGAUUAUAUCGCCUCUUUGUGCAAAUCUGAUGCCGAUUCUGAGAAGAUUAAGGAAGCAGCAAGAACGUCUGCAUAUGGCAGUGAUUUUGUUCAAGCGGCCUUGUCUAUUGACCAAAAGGUUUGCCAUCCCUAUGGAUAAAGCUUUUUAAUGGGCAUUUUGUGAAUUUCUGGCAUCUUCGGAUCUACUAUCAAGUUAUUCACUGUUUAUUAUACCAAAAGUGAAAACGGAUGCAACUGCCAUGUUUACUGCUGGGACAUAGGGUCCGAGCUAUAAUCUGUGUUGUCAUUGCCGUUGUUUGGUUCAUCAAAUGAACAGAGUUGUGUUUAUAAUCUUUUAACUUUAUACUAUUGCAUGUAAUUCUUGUUUAUACUAUUGCAUGUAAAAUGGCGAUUGCAUGGAUUCAAACCUUUGUUUUUUUUUUCUGAUUCAUAGAAGUGGGAAAAAUGUGAGAAAGUAAUGGGAGAAACAAGCCCACCCCGUAUUAAAUUAUAUGGAAUCUACACUUUUGCUUGUGUUGUUGCAUGAUUAGUAAUUUUGAAUUUAAAUUGAAUUGCGCAUUAACAAGAUGGCCUAAGGCCCUCCUGCAUCAACACGUUAUUGUUUUUCGAAGAGUAGAUUGCUAGAACCAUACUAUUAUUUGUAAUUCUCGGGGAACAUAUUGAAUGGACUUGCUAGCUUGCAAGUAAAGUGGAGCAGACGACACUGAAAAAAACCAAUGGGAAGCAUUAAUUUAACAUGUUUCUAAUGUAUUCUAAGAGACUACGUUUGUCAAUUCGUUUAGGUCACACUCUUCCAUUUUGAGGAUGAACCCCGUAGUGAUGUUAUAAAGGUUGUUUCUGCCUUACGAAACCAAUCAAAACUCCGUGUGAUGAUGCUAACCGGUGAUCACGAAUCAAGUGCACGGCGAGUUGCAAAAGCGGUGGGCAUUGAAGAAGUGUACUCCAACUUGAAGCCUGGAGAUAAGCUGAAUCAGAUAAAGUCUAUCUCAAGAGACACAGGUAACAAUCGACAAUGACUGGAAUGCAUCUUAUCAGUUUAGCUCUUUCUUUUCUUGGAGUUCUGCAUCGAUAUCUUUUUCAGUACUUUUCUAUCCUGUGCCACUGUAAUCGAUGAAGAAACUUGUCGUAUUCUGUGGUUACAGUGCAGGUGACGAAGAGAAAUGAGAGGUUGUCCUUUCUCUGUGCCAGGGGAAAGGAAAACCACUGGCACUAAAUUUUAAGGGUCAUUUUUCAUGUCUAGAUUAGGGUUUUGAGAUGAGAGGAUGAUGAUGAGCCUUUAGUUAUUGUCCUCAGAUCGUCUUUGCAGAUCCUUUUAGCAAACCGGGUUCUAAGCUGUACGUGGGUAAACAUCUUUACAAAACUCCUUGUUUUCUGAGGUGCUAGACGCGUAGGAAUUUUCUCCCAGUUCUAAGGGAUUGGAACCUCUAUUCCUCAAGAGGGAAUGGAUCUGCCUGGCAUAUGUCGCGGGCAGAAAUCGCCCAACUUUUUCUGCUGGAUGAGUGCUCGGGGUUCUUCUUAUCUGAUGGGAUUACUAUAAUCCAAUGGUUGAAUGAUAAUUCGAAAUUGUCUGGCUUGAAAGCUAGGGAGCUGUCUCUGAUGAAUGAAUAUCCCGGUAAGCCCCCCCCAUCUAGUCGAGCCUUGUUUGCAAGGUAGUUAUGGACGACUGAGGAAGUGAGGAGGAAACCUCUCAGAAGGAGAUUGUGGAGGCUGAAGUAUAUAUAGCAGGUCUGAAACCUGCAAAACCGUCUGAUUCAUGUCUGAAAGGAAAUUUAUGGAGAUGUCAGCUGCACGGCCCAAGGGGGGGAUGAUAGAUGGCAAAUAUUUUCUUUGCUGGAGGUCUGAGGCUGCUGUUUUCACCAUUCCCGGAGUGUGAAGAUAUGUUCUGAGUCAUUAUCUGUCACACUUUUCUCAUGAAAGCAGACAUGUUCGAGGGCUUUCUCUAGACUGAAAUGCCGAUGAAAAAUACAAGAAAAAAAGGAGUGACCUUUAAAAAACCCCAUUGCUCCCUUAGCUCCGACCACUUCCUUUUUUCUUUUUUUUCUCCACCCCCCGCCCCUUUCCUGAUGGCCAUAAUCAUGAUAAAGCUGUAUAGAUGGUAAACCCUCAAAUCUGAAUGACACAUACACAUCUCUCCGGCGAUGGUGGCGCAGGCGGCGGUCUAAUAAUGGUGGGAGACGGCAUCAACGACGCACCCGCCCUCGCGGCGGCGACUGUUGGGAUCGUGCUGGCCCAGCGCGCGAGCGCCACCGCAGUGGCCGUGGCGGACGUCCUGCUGCUCCAGGACAACAUCUCCGGGGUGCCAUUCUGCGUGGCCAAGGCCAAACAGACCACCUUACUGGUAGGACAAGCCACUCUCUCCCUCGCCGCAGGAGACGGCGACUGCCUGAACACCAUCAUCUUCCUCCCUCACUUUACCGCACUGCGCUCUCUACGGUGAAUUCAGGUCAAGCAGAGCGUGGGGCUCGCCCUCUCCUGCAUCCUCCUGGCUGCCCUCCCUUCCGUCCUCGGCUUCCUCCCUCUCUGGUUGACGGUACGCUUCUCUUCCUCCUUCCACUAGAUUAGAACCCUCCCCUCUUCUCUCCUCUUCUCUGGUAAUGGUGAUAGUGAUGGUGAUGGUGGCGGGUGCUUUCUCCGGCAUGGAAUGGAAUGGAUGGCAGGUGCUCCUUCACGAGGGCGGGACGCUGCUGGUCUGCCUUAACUCCAUUCGGGCUCUUAAGGAGCCCGCGUGGUCGUGGAAGCAGGAACUCCUGGAGGCGCUCCACCGCGUGCGGCGCUUCCUCGCGGCGGCUCCGCGGAGCCCGCCGGUGGCUACCGCGAACGCCGGCGGCGGCAUGUAA